AAGUCAACGUAGUUUAUUAAUUAUUGCAUUAACAUUGAUGAUGUUCGAAAUGCUGGACUGAUUGAACUGAUGAUUCCUAUCAUACAACAACCUGUGAAAUAAAUCAAAAAACAUUGAUUUUACUGGUGUUUUAAUUCUAACAUUCCUCUGAACAUGGAUAUAUCAUACAUCGCACCCACUGUCGUUUUCUGAUAAACCCGACUUGCCAGCCAGUCAGGUCAAUGUCACUGCGGGUCCAACAAAGACAAGAAAACACAAAUUUGUUAGUGAUGUUAAAUCUGUCUGAGCCUACAUGGUGGUGCUUGGUUUUGGAGGAUAUGGAAUAGCAGCAGUUAUGGGCAGUUAUUUAUUACAGCCAUCUGCUUGCUUGCCUUUGGUUUAACGUUCUUACCAAACAUCACUAAAUGCUUAAAGCCACCAAUCUGAAAAGGACUAUUAGCUCUCGAGCUGGCACUGUUCAAGUCUUUUAUUGCACUGUUUGGAGGAACUGAAUAUGGGAUGCUUCUUUUUCGGACCAAUUUGGGAUCCUGCUUACUACGGAUGGGAUGAAUCGAGGAAUCUUUUGGAAUCUUUUGGAGACUACUGCCAAAACAAGAAGAAAAAAAAGAAGAAUCAUUGUUGGAUUGAAAUCCGAUAACUGCAGCAGAGAAAUGCUGCUCCGUUUACUGCAUUUGUUAGUCGUGCAAGGAGACAGUGUGCUCGCCAUUCACGUACAGCACUCUGAUGAUAUUUUCGAUCCAAACACAUUCCACAUCCAUGAAGACUUUUGCAAAUCUAAGCAGGUGGAUUUUGAGGUGAAGAUCUGUACCGGAAACUGCUACAUAACAGAACUGAGCCACCAAGUUGAGUUGACUUCUGCCGUGAUUCUUGCCGUUGGAUGCAGCACCGAAUGGCCGAAAAAUUCAAGUAUCACCAAAUGCCUGAGAGCACUGCCUCCUUCUUGCAAGCUUGUAAUAAUGAAUAAUGCAUGGAAAAUUGUAUUCCAGGAGAUGGGAACUUCAGGCAAAGCCUCCAUCCCUAGAGUUUGUCGAACUUUUGUGUCGUCUUUGUCAGAAUCGGCCAUCAGCUGUGAUCGGCCAAGAACAAAACCUCUGUUCGAGAAAUCUCUGUCUAUGCCGUCUUCAUCAACACCUUCAACAUCAAAGCAAACUGAAAGUGAAAACUUUUUCCAUCAUCUUUCCCCGAAAUUCUUCCAGAGAUUGGCCGCGCUAGAAGCCAAGGGGCAAGAUAGGCAUUUCACGUAUGACGAACUUAACAAUGCAACGGAAAGUUUUCGUCCCGGUAUGUUGAUUGGGGAAGGGGCACACAGUCAAGUUUAUCGAGCGAUUCUUGAAAAUGGUCAGGAUGCAGCAGUGAAGGUUCUAAAGACCUCUAAAUAUUCGGAGGAGAUCUUUUUUCGAGAAGUGGAGAUAUUGAGUGGAUUGAAACACGAAAACAUAGUCCAAAUUCUCGGUUACUGUUGCUGUAAGGAAAUGUAUGCAAUUGUAUACAACUUACUUAACUCAAAUCUGAAGCAGAGGCUCAAUCAGUUGAAGUGGAGUGAGAGGAUGCAACUUGCAAUUGGAUUGGCCAAGGCAUUAGAGUACCUCCAUUCUCUCUCUCCUCCGGUUAUACAUAAAGAUGUAAAUUCAUCCAAUAUUCUACUCUCUGAAGACGGCAAACCACAGCUCUCAGAUUUUGGAUCUGCAACGGUAGAUUUUUCGACCAAUCAAUUAUCAUCUACACACAAAAAGCCGAUUCAUGUUAUAGGUACAUUUGGAUACUUAGCCCCGGAGUAUAUAAUGUAUGGCAGAGUUGAUGAGAAGAUAGACGUGUAUUCUUAUGGGGUUGUGCUAUUGGAACUCAUCACCGGGAAACAAGCUAUCCAAACAAGUCCAGUGUCGAAUCAAGAAAGCUUAGUAGUUUGGGCAAGGCCUCUGCUCACGUGUGGCCUAGACGAACGCCUCAUCGAUCCCGACUUGAAGGAAGACUACAAAGAGGAUGAAAUGAAGGCUAUGAUGAUUGUAGCACGACUCUGUCUCUUGCAUUCAUCUUCUAGAAGGCCUACUAUGAAAACAAUUUUGCAAUUUCUGGAAGAGCCAAACUACGUAUUGGAGAUGCAGAAAAAGAGGGAGGACCUUGUUUGCAAAAAUGGAAGCAAAGAUGAGAGUGAUUUUGGCGUAGAUGCUAAUUCAGGCCCUGCUGAUAUUUUGCUCGAGGAUGAUGAUGAAGUCUAGUUUUUCAUUUCAAUACAUACCUGUAUUACAUACUUGCGUAAUCUUUCUAUUUCCCUUGU